AUGGAAAAUAAGAAACUUGGGGGAGAGAAGUUUGUUGAGGUUGCAAGAGACCGACGAGAAGUCAAGGGAAGUGAGGUUGGUAAACCUUUGAAGGAGGAGUGGGAGGAAAUUGAGGGUUGGUUGAUAGAUAGUGAGAGAGAAAUGAAAACGGUUGGUGAUGGAGGGAAGAAAACUUGCAUCAAAUCUGAUGAUUGUUGGGAGCAUGUCUUCAAAUUUCUCAUCAACUGUGGCAAAGGUGAAACUGCAAACAAACACAACCGCGACUUUAAUUCUCUAUCCCUCGUCUCAAAACAGUUUCUCUCCAUCACCAACCGACUUACAUUCUCCGUCACUAUUUCCGAUCAUCCAUCCCAUAUUCUCCCUCGUUUCUUCCAUAGAUUCCCCAACCUUAAUUCCCUUCACCUUUGCUUUGGCUCUAGUCAUCUCGACCCAACCAUUGCUUUGGCUCUCCGUGACAGACCAACAUUGAAAUCUUUAUCAAUUUUUAGUAUUGAGCUAAAGGAUGCAAACUGCGUUACUUCACACUACAUUGAUUCCUUCAAAACUUUGAAGGGUUUGAAUAUUCUCAAGUUUUGUUAUUCGCAUAUCUCAGAUGAUUUGCUCUACUCUAUUGCAGCGGAACAACUUCCUUUGAAGAACUUUGUUCUCAAUAAUUGUACCGGCUAUAGUUAUGAUGGAAUUUAUUGUUUGUUAUCCAAGUGUCCGGAGAUACAACAUUUGGAUUUACAUCAAGCUGAUUUCUUAAAGGACGGUCAUAUUCACGAGUUAUCUUUGUUUCUUGGUGGUUUGGUCUCUAUAAAACUUUGUAAUUGUUUGAAUCUUUCAAAAUCAGCGUUGUUUGCACUUAUUAGGAACUGUCGUUCACUCACUGAGAUUACAAUGGAACGCAUUGGAAGAGAUAGUGGAGAGAGUUUUGAUUCUUCGAAGGAUUUUGACGUGAACCCUCACUUAAAGUUUCUAUGUUUGGCUCGCAAUUGCUUUAUAGAAAAUAAAAACAUCAUAUUGUUGGCUUCCAUUUUCCCCAAUUUGCAGCAUCUUGAUUUAAGUUAUUGCUAUGACAUAUCUGAAAAAAGUAUUUGUCAAGUUUUAAGUAGAUGUUCUAUGAUUAGACAUUUAAAUUUGGCCUACUGUAAUAAAGUGAGACGACUUAAAAUGAACUUUGUAGUUCCCCACUUGGAGGUGUUGAACUUGUCAGAUACAAAUGUUAAUGAUAAAACACUCUAUCAGAUCUCAAAAAGUUGUUGUGGACUUUUGCAACUAUUACUGUCAAAUUGCAGUUAUGUCACCAAAAAGGGAGUGAUGCGCAUCAUGGAACACUGCACACAACUGAAGGAGAUUGAUUUGAGAGGUUAUGAUGAAAUUACAGUUGAUGGUGUUGUCCCAAUUCUUCCGUCAAAGCAAUUAUUGUUAUAG